ACACACAUUGACGGGAUGAGAAGAAGAAGAAGAAGAAGAAGAACGUUUAAGAGUAGAAUACAUCUCGCAAGUCAACCUUACUUUACUGUAACUGAGUUCCAAGGUAUUGCAUUUAUUAGGGUUUAAGUGAGGAUUUUUACUUUUACCUCAACAAAAAUGGAGAUCAAGGAGGAGAAGGUGGUCGCGGUGAUCUUGGUUGGUGGCCCGACCAAAGGGACUCGAUUCAGGCCGCUUUCUUUUAACACUCCAGAGCCUUUAUUUCCUCUUGCCGGUCAGCCCAUGGUUUAUCAUCCCAUCUCCGCUUGCAAAAGAAUACCCAACCUGGUGCAAGUUUUUCUUGUUGGGUUCUACGAGGAGCGGGAGUUUGCUUUAUACGUCUCUUCAGUAUCUAACGAGCUCAGAGUUCCUGUCAGUCACAUAUUUUUUUGUUGAAUUUUGAUGUCUGCUGCAACUUUCCACUGCCUAACAUGCUAGAGGCCCAUAAAAUGCAUGGUGGGAUUGGCACAUUGCUAGUUAUUAAAGUUUCUGCGGAAUCAGCCAACCAGUUUGGUGAGUUGGUCGCUGAUCCAAUCACCAAUGAAUUGUUGCAUUACACUGAAAAGCCUGAAACUUUUGUGAGUGAUCUCAUUAAUUGUGGUGUUUAUGUCUUUACUCCGAAAAUUUUUAGUGUCAUCCAGGAGGUAUUUCUGCUCAGAGAAGAUAGAGCUGAUUUACGCGAUGUAUCUAGCUAUGAAUCCCCGCAACUGGCAAUAAGGUCUCUUCCUUCAGAUUUUGUUAGGUUGGACCAAGAUAUUUUAUCACCUCUUGCCGGUAAGAAGCAAUUGUAUACAUAUGAGACCAUGGACUUCUGGGAACAGAUCAAGACCCCAGGAAUGUCUGUCAAGUGCUCUGCUUUAUAUCUUGCUCAAUUCCGAUUUACCUCUCCACAUCUGCUGGUCAGUGGAGAUGGGAAAAGGAAUGCUACAGUUGUUGGAGAUGUCUAUAUUCAUCCAUCAGCAAAAGUACAUCCGACUGCAAAGAUUGGACCCAACGUCUCGAUAUCAGCAAAUGUUCGUGUAGCUGCUGGUGUAAGGCUUAUGAAUUGUAUUGUGUUAGAUGAUGUAGAAAUCAAGGAGAAUGCUGUUGUUAUGCAUGCUAUUGUCGGAUGGAAGUCAUCUCUUGGGAGGUGGUCGCGAGUCCAGGCUGAUGGAGACUACAAUUCAAAGCUUGGGAUUACUAUCUUGGGGGAGUCGGUAACUGUUGAAGAGGAGGUGGUUGUGAUUAACUGCAUAGUUCUUCCAAAUAAGAUGCUCAAUGUAAGCGUACAGGAAGAGAUCAUCUUGUGAGGUUUAGCAGAUCUCAGAAGCCUCACAUAUUUUGGUUUUUUUCAAAAAGAUAAAUUAUACAGAAAUAGUGAUUCAAAUGCAAUUCGAAAUUGUUGUUUUUAGUCAACCGUGCAAUACAAGGAGAUGAUUGCUUUUUUUUAACUGAAA